AUGUCUGGUUCUCAAUGGCCGGAUCCAGAACUCUCGAUCGGCGAGAGUUGUGGAUCUGUGGAUGCCCUCGGGAGGUUCAAGUGUUGGGCGAUCAAGGAGGAGAGCCCCGCGCACCACGCGUGGGAGGCCAUCUCACGACCCGUCGUCCAGCUCCUACAGGAGGAAUUGGAGCGCCUGGAUCCAAGAGAGACGGAUCUUAUGGUCGAGAUGUUCAUGAUCGGGGACGAGGCAGAGCGUGCAAGUCCAACGCUUCUCUUCAGCUGUUACAACAAGCCUGUUCGCCAACGGGCGAUGGCGCUCGUGAUCGAGCUUGGAAUUCUAGACAGCCACCCUCAAGUUUUGAUGGCUGAAUGCUCCUGGCAACGUCGACCGUUAUCGAUGGAAGAGACCUCCGAAGUAACAGCAUUACCCCCAGGUGUCUAUGCCACGGAACCCUUGAGGCAUUGCGGCGUCUCUGUCCUAAUUUCGGGAGAACAUCCUGGGUCCCCGCGGAAAGCUACUCUCGGAGGCAUUGUUUUUAUAGCCGGCCUAUUUUACGGAAUUAUCACCCUCUACGCCUGCAAGCAGAUUUCUAGCACGGCUUCUCGUUCGGAUGCGGACCCCCAAUUCGCCUUCUAUGGUCUUGAGAAGCUUGACGACUCUUCGGACGUCAAACAUGAUUCGGGCGCGAGCCUAAGCCUAGACGGUGUCCGUCCGGAUUCCCUUGCAUCUGCUGUGGACUCUAGAAAUGAACCAUUUGAACCUAGCUUGCAUGCGUGGGCAUCGAAAAGGAUUCCGCGGUUAAGCAGCGCUCAAAACCGAGGAGAGACCCCCGACUCGGAACGAACUGCUUCGCCAACUCCAGAAAGGAGCCUCGAGGAACAACUAAAAUUCCUCGCAACCCUAGAGGAUUCCGAUGACAACAUCUCCCCUGAGCUCGGUAAUAUCUUUGUAUCUGCUCCUGAGCGAAGCCUUGAUUGGGCCCUUGUGGAAAUUGAAAACUCCGAAUUAAUGCUCGAAAACAUAUCUCUUAAUAACCGCCGGUUCAUGACAAAUAGUAUUUACUGGCGGAACCAAAGCUUUCAUACAGAAGCUAUCCAUCCCAAAGGCGUAGCACAGUGCCCUGCAGACGCAGACGUCUUAAUCAGCACAGGCAAUAGGGACACUGCCUUGGAAGGGAGGUUAUCAGCGACUCCGUCUUUCCAAAAAGCACCGUGGAGUAUUACCUUCCAGGAGCUGUGGGUGGUGAGAUGCACGAAUGGGAACUUUUUUGACGGAGACUGUGGGUCAUGGGUUGUGGAUUACGAGACCGGCGAUCUAUAUGGCAUUAUAGCGCUAGGACUUCCUGGGACCGAAACGGCGUACAUCAUCCCAGCUUCCCAUAUAUUCCACAGUAUGCAAAGCCAUCUUUCAAAGCAAGUUCAAUUGUCAACACCUGAGUUAUGGGCUUCAAGAGCCAGACUCGCCUCAAAGAACAAAUCCGUGGCCCCCAUGGCCCCCGUGGGAUUGUUGGCACCCGUGGUUUCUAUGCUUCGCCGAUCGGACUCUUCAAAGACCGAGAAGGGAACAGAGCGGAAUUCCGUACGAAUCUCCGUCGGCGACGACAUGUCAUUUAGAAGACGACGAUCCUGGAGCGAGAAUUCGAUACAGAGCACUGUAUUUGAUACAAGAUCAUUGCACUCUAAUUUUACUACGGAGAAUAUUCAAAAGUUACUACCGAGUCUAGCUUACAGCGAGCGCUUGUCUGUAAGCUCAACAAACGAUCGUCUACAUGCAGCCGGACUACCAACCAGAGCAAACACUACUGGCUCUUUGGCAUCUGGAUCCUGGACGCCAUCUCACCAAAUCUACCGGCCAUAUUCCACAGCCUCGACGCUUCAGUCCAUCGAUUCCGGAUACGGAAACCCGCCUUGUAAUAAUCUCUAUGUCAGGAAUCUCCCGCUGGAACCCUCUGAGGAUGAUCUGCGAGAGUACUUUUCUGAAAUGCCUGGGUACGAGGGGUUGCGCAUGAAACGGAAUGAGCAGGAAUGCUUCGUCCGAUUCAGUGAUGUAGAUUCUGCCAUGGAUGCUCUUCAGAAGUCCGACGAUCAUCGAUUUAGCAGCGAUGACAGAUGGGGUAUAAUGGUGGGAUACGCUAGGAACGGUGUCCGGCCAGCCCACCUUCUCCCAUCUCAAGAGGAUAUCGAGUUGGAGGUUAGCAUUGCCGAGUUAUUGGGAGCCGAGACUCUGCCAUCGGCACGGAAAGCUGGAGGCCGGAUUUCUAAACUUAUGUUACCUGCGCGUCGGGCAGUGCCGCCUAUGAAACAGGUCACGGAUAAGUCGCGACUGUUGCAGGAAAUGUUUGCGGAGACUAGACUCGCGAAUCGGGAUAGCGAUAAAGUCUUUGUGCCAGACAGCGACAAUGACGAUACAUAA